AUGGCGCUCCUCGGCAGCGGGCGUGCAGGCAGCACCGAGUCGUUCACAGAAGACCUGGUGGUGCAGGUGCUGCCCGACAACAAGGUGCUGCUGCAUUUCGAAUUCAACCUGCAGCGGCCACAGCCCACCAGCAAUGACACCCAGCACCACUACCACAUGUUCCCGCGGCAGCUGGGCGAGAUCGCGCACCGGCACAACGUCGAGUCGCUGCAUCUGCAGUUCACACAGGGCAACUGGCGCGCCGAGCAGUGGGGCGCGCCAACAGUGAAUGCGCAGGGCGUCGGGGCCGAGGUGUUUGCAAGGAUCACCAACGACAGCGACGCGGACUGGCGCGGGCUGACGAAUGCCCUGUCGGGGGUGUUCUGCGCGUCACUGAAUUUCAUCGACACGACCAACACGAACAGGCCGCGGAGGUCGUUUGCGGGGGCGCGGCACGCGCAUCUGCCGCGCGAAAACGUGUGCACCGAGAACCUGACGCCGUGGAUCAAGCAGCUGCCGUGCCAGGGCGUGGCCGGGCUGGGCGCAUUGCUGAACCCCUACCGCCUGUACAAUAUGCAUUUCCACGCAAUGGCGGUGGAUCUGGCGCCGCGCUCCAUCGGCGGCCAGCCGGUGCUGGCGUACAAGCAGACGCUGGCGGUGGUGGUGGACCCAAAGACGUUCGGGCUUGAUGGCCAGUGGACGCUGGCGCAGCUGGUCGACAGGGAGAUGCGCCCAGCAUGUGCCGUCGCCAAGCGCAGCACUGUCCGCGUGCUGCAGAGUGACCGGGUGGAGCUCGUGCCAGCGCCCGACCGCGUCGACGCAGUGAACGGGCAUACGGUCAGCGUGUACGAUGCGGCAGCGCGUGGCGGCGAGCUGACGGACGUGAGAUUCACAAUGAGCAGUGGCCGGGCGGGGCGCCAGCGGGCCACGCCGCCGGCCAUCGUGGCCCAUAGGUUUGUGACAGGCCAUGGCGGCAGCAGCGGCGGCGUGGAAUGCGCCAUUGUCAACCACAGCGACCAGCCCAUGCGCGUGUCAUACAUGGACUCGCUGCCGUGGUACCUGCGUCUGUACAUGCACACGCUGACGGCGCAGGCCGAGUCGCUGCUGAAUGGCGAAACCCACAGCCUGACGCCUGCCUACAUGCUCUAUACGCCGGCAGUCGACCGCGGGCGCCCGGCGCUGGUGGAGCUGGAGCUCGAUCUGCCGCCGCAAUCGCGCGUCACUUUGCGCUACGACUUUGAUAAGGGAUUCCUGAAGUACUCGGAGCACCCGCCGGAUGCCAACCGCGGCUUCAACAUCGGCCCAGCCAUUGUGACGUAUACGCCCAAGGAGGCCGACCUGGCAUGCACUGUGGGAGCAAUGCUCGGGGAUGCUGUCCAGCCAGAGGAAUGCGUGGCUCGCGUGUACACCGAGCUGUUCCUGGCCAGUCUGCCGACGCCCGAUUUCUCGAUGCCGUACAAUGUCAUUACCUUUACGUGCACCAUCCUGGCGCUGUUCUUUGGCCGCAUGUUCAAUCUGCUCACACGCGACUUUGUUGUGCUCCGCGGAGGUCAGAAGGACAAGAAGAAAGACUAG